UCGGAAUAGAAUCUGUUGUGGAGAUGUUGGAGAGGAGUGAGAGAGAAACAGGAGACCAGCAUAUUGUGCUUCUACGGAGCUACACGCCGAAAAGCGGAUAAAAUAUGGAUACUAAAGCAGGAGAUUGCAGAUAUUACAGUUGGUGAAAAAGGACCGCGGCGGCCCAAUCUGAAAGAUCCUGUAGACUAAUGGUUAAGAGCCGACAUCACAACUGUUACUUUCACUAGCUAGCAGGCUAGCUGGCUACUUCCAAUGCGAGCUGGUGCGAGUCUUUUCAGUAGGGACCUGGAUUGGCAAUGGAAUAAAUAUCAUCUUCUUGUAGUUGGUAUCGUUGGUAAUACAAAAGUAACGAUGUCCCGCAGAGAUAAUUAUUCUACUAUCUAUCUAAACUGAACGCUAAGUGAUCCAGAAGAAGAAAGUCACACAGGCUCACCAGCUCUAGGUCCCACAGACACACAGACGGGGAGAACAUGACUCACAGGCCUUUGCCAGAGCUUGGCAUGGGGUUACUCUGCCAGCCUCGUCCUUACCAGGCACUCUAGACGAUGAUGCCCCAGUGCAACAUGACAGAGAGGCAGUGAGGCUAGGAUAGCCCCCCCCCCCCCGUCCCGACGAUACGCUCACCAGUUCCCCCGACCCCUGACCUCCGCGUCCCGCCCCACCAUGCUGCGUUUCCUGCCUCUGAAGCUGGGCCGCCUCUACCGCUGUCUGAAGCUCCUACUGGUGGUGGGCCUGUUUGUUAUCCUCCUGAUGAACACCCACAACCUGUUCGCCUCCUUCCAGAAGAACGAGCUGACGGACCGUCGCUUCAUCAACCUCAACAAGUGCCCCGCCUGCUUCGGCACCAGCUGGUGCAGGAAGUUCAUGAACGGCCAGGUGUCCUUCGAGACCUGGGGACGCCUGCGCUUCCUGGAUGUCUUCAACGUCAAGAACGUGUACUUCGCCCAGUACGGCGAGCCGCGGGAGGGGACGAGGCGCGUGGUUCUCAAACGCCUGGGAUCCAACCAGGAGCUGGCGGACAUUGACCAGAAGAUCUGUAAGAGAGCCACGGGCCGUCCGCGCUGCGACCUCAUCCAGGCCAUGUACAAGACGGAGUUCGCCAGGCUGAACGGGGACGUGAGGCUGCUGACCCCCGAGGUGGUAGAGGGCUGGUCCGACCUGGUGCACUGCCCCUCCCAGAGGCUGCUGGACAGGGUGGUGCGGCGCUACGCUGAGACCAAAGACUCUGGCAGCUUCCUGCUGAAGAACCUCAAGGACACAGAGAGGAUGCAGCUGCUGUUGACCCUAGCCUUCAACCCUGAGCCCCUCGUCCUACAGAGUUUCCCGUCAGACGAGGGCUGGCCGUUUGCCAAGUACCUGGGAGCGUGUGGUCGCGUGGUGGCAGUGAACUACGUCGGUGAGGAGCUGUGGUCUUUCUACAACGCUCCGUGGGAGAAGAGGGUUGACCUGGCCCGACAGUUGAUGGACAUCGCUGAGCAGCUCACCAACAACGACUUCGAGUUCGCCCUCUACCUGCUGGACGUGAGCUUUGAUAACUUUGCCGUGGGGCCGCGGGACGGCAAGGUCAUCGUGGUGGACGGCGAGAAUGUCCUGGUGGCCGACAAGAGACUCAUCAAACAAAAUAAACCAGAGAACUAUGACGUGUGGUACGAGAGUCGCUUCGAGGACUGUGACAAAGAGGCCUGCCUGUCCUUCUCCAAGGAGUCUCUGUGUAACCGUGUCACCGUGGACCACAACUACUACGCUGUGUGUCAGAACCUGCUGUCGCGCUACGCCACGUGGCGAGGGACCACCGGCGGCCUGCUCCACGACCCCCCCGCCCACAUAGCCAAAGACGGCCAGCUGGAAGCUCUGUUGGACGAGUGCACCAACCCCAAAAAACGCUACGGACGCUUCACGGCCGCCAAAGAGCUGAGAGACUACCUCACCCAGCUAGUGGCCGCCUCCUCCGCCACGGCGAGGUAAUAAACAGAGCUGGCGGUUGGCGGUUAGCGGUUAGCGGUAGCCUGCAUCUCGGCCAGACGGUUGUUCAGGGUUAGGUUUGGCUUUGGGUUUGACCCCCCCCGCCUGACCUUGUCCCUGUGAACUUGACCAUGACCUUUUUGAACCUUGACCCUCCUCCUCGUCUCACUUCAAGUCCAGGAGAUCUCCACCCCCACUGGUCACACGGCAGCAGCAGUUAUUGGUCCUCUCCUCUCCUGGUGGAAACCAACCAGCACGGCUUCGGAGGAGAUGUUUAAACUGAACUGAGAAUGUCCUUCACCUCCGGUUUACAUGGUCCUGACUGACUGUGUGGUAGCUGGUGAGAAUGACGUGGUUGGAGAUGGAGGACCAGGAGAAAGAGGAUCAGCGGUCUAAGGGGGCUCCAGUGGAGCUUUAACCCAUGGCUAGGCUAACAUAGACUGACUUCUCUCCUCUGCCCAGCCCAGCUCAGACCCUCUCUGUCUAUCCAUCAGGACUCUUGUGUUUGCUAACAUUUCAUCUCUACCAUUAUUUUUCUGACAGCAUCUGUUGUGCUUAUGGUUUGGGGUUGAAUGAAUCUCAGAACAGGAGCAUGUUUACAUUUCUGCUGUCUGUGUUCUGUCAGGGGGAAGGGUAGCUAGCUCAACUCUCCUACAGUCCCACAUACAGUCAGGUAGCUGGAGAGACCUGGGCACAGCACCACAGGUAAAGAGAGGAAGAAAAACCCUUGGCUAAGUCUUAAUUCCUGCUACUCUGAGAGAGAGAGAGAGAGAGAGAGAGAGAGAGAGAGAGAGAGAGAGAGAGAGAGAGAGAGAGAGAGAG